UUUCGGUGAACCGGGCACCAAGCAGCUCGUCGUCCCCUCCACCACCUUCGGCCAGGCCGAGGAGAUUGCCGACUUCUUUGCCGACGAUCCGAUCGACGCCCCACUCGUCAACGCCAUCAACCUCGGCGUGCUCACCAGCCCGAUUUUCACGGUUUUCCUCAUGCACCAGUUUGAUGGAGAGGGGGUAUACGGUGGUGUGUUCACGUACGGCGACUUGGAUAAGACAAACUGCGGCGAUCUGAUCGCUUAUCAGGCCCUCUCCUCUGCCACCUACUGGGAAUACAAGCUGGACUACGUGUCGGCUGGUGGAUUUGACACCAAACUCGGACUCUACGCCAUUUCCGGCAGACCUCGGCCCGUUUGCCGUCACCUCAUCGGCGGAAUCGUCUACGACAUUCAAAAGAAUAACAUGAUCGUGCCGUCGGAUCAACCCGGAAACUGCUGGCUGGCCCUGUUCCCGUUCGACUCGCUGUUCGUCCCGCCGCAAUGGAUCCUCGGAGACCCCUUCAUCAGACAGUACUGCCACACAUUCGACUAUGGCCGUCAGCGCAUUGGCUUCUCCCCCAGUCUUCAGAAG